AUGAUGUCAACAUUUCCGACCCUUUUUUCCUCUGACUUUUUCUUUGGAAACCCAUUUCCAUCUUUCGAAGGUGGUUUCACUCCCUGGGAUUCCCAUGACCCGCCGUUUCUCUUUCCACCUCAAGAAGAAGAGCCCGUCCUUGUUAGCCCACAACCACCCCAAGAACCAGUCAAUUCCAAUUCCGGUUCUGACAAACCAUCCAUCCUCACUCCAAAUUCAUGUUACGAUGAACCGAACCGGAAUAGCUCUAAAACCGUGAGCUACGGUUCAGAGAAGACUAGCCGUUUAGGUGCUCAUGCAAUCAUAGAUGAGAGAAAGCGUCGACGCAAGCUAUCGAACCGGGAGUCGGCACGGCGGUCCCGACUGCGUAAACGGAAACAUUUGGAGAACUUGAGGAACCUCGCGAACCGGUUUAAAAUCGGGAACCGGGAACUAACGAACCGAGUGUGUUUGUUGAUACAUCAGAACCAAUUGGUCCGGCAAGAAAAUGAUCGCCUCCGAUCGGAGGCGAUCAUGCUCCGGCGGAGACUGUGGGAUAUACGUCAAGUAUUGCUCGUCCGGCAACUUCAGCAGCAUUUAAAUCCCUCAGCAUGGCCAUGCAAUAACAUUACAUCCGUCAAUGAAGAACAAAUUCUACACCAAUCAUUAAUUACAUAA